GGCGGUGCCAGGUGCUGCCCGGUUCCCCGCUCCUCCUCCUCUCCGCCCCGCCGUCCCUCCUCCCCCGGGAAAGCGAAAGCGCGGCGGGCGGAAGCCAAACCCUCCCCGCCGGGCCGGGACCGGGCCGGGACCGCGCCGGGACCGCGCCGGGACCGCGCCGGGACCGCGCCGGGACCGCUACGGGGCCACCACGGGGCCACCACGGGGCCACCAUGGCUUCUUCCAUCGGCAACCUCCUGCGACGGAGCCUGCGGCGCGCCGGGCGCAGAGAAGGAAAAGAUGGGGCGUCUGCUGCAGAAAGCACCCCCCCAGGGGUGCCUCAGGGGAGGCUGGGGGAGCGGAGCUUGGCCCUCUCCUCUGCUGGACAGUUCUUCUUCGAGUACCUGGUGGUGGUGUCGCUGAAGAAGACGCCAGAUGGACUCUAUGAACCCAAGAUAACCUAUCAGUUCCCAAAGCGUGAGAACUUGCUGAAGGGCCAGAAGGAGGAGGAGGAACGUCUCCUGCAGGCCAUCCCCCUCUUCUGCUUCCCCGAUGGCAACAACUGGGCACCCCUCACUGAGUUCACCAGCGAAACAUUUUCUUUUGUGCUGACAAACGUGGAUGGCAGCAGGAAGAUUGGCUACUGCAGGCGGCUACUGCCCUCCGGGCGGGGGGUCCGGCUCCCGGAGGUUUUCUGCAUCAUCAGCUGCCUGGGCUGCUUUGGGCUCUUCUCCAAGAUCCUGGAUGAGGUGGAGAAGAGGCGCCAGAUCUCCAUGGCAGUGAUCUACCCCUUCAUGCAGGGCCUGCGGGAGUCGCCCUUCCCAGCCCCGGGGAAAACUGUCACCAUCAAAAGCUUCAUCCCUGAGUCAGGGACAGAGCUGAUCGAGCUCACACGGCCUGUGGAUGCCCACCUGGAGCACGUGGAGUUCCAGGCUCUGCUCCAGCGGCUCAGCCCUCAGCUCAUCCUGCACAUCUUCGCCUCAGCCAUGCUGGAGAGACGGCUCAUUUUCCUGGCUGAGGAGCUGAGCGUCCUGUCUCAGUGCAUCCACGCCGUGGCUGCUCUCCUGUACCCGUUCAGCUGGGCUCACACCUACAUCCCCGUGGUCCCCGAGUGCCUGCUGGACACCGUGUGCUGCCCCACGCCCUUCAUGGUCGGCAUCCAGCGGCGGCACCUGGCGCGGGUGCUGGAGCAGCCCAUGGAGGAGGCUCUGAUAGUUGAUCUCUGUGAAGGGAAGAUCAUCCGGGCGGUGGGUGAUGAGGAGGAGAUCCUGCCAGGGAAGCUGCAGAACGAGAUGCUGACAUCUCUGAACAGGCACAACAGCAACAACAAUGUGCACACCCCGGAGCAGGUGAACGCCCUGGUGUCGGAGGCCUUCGUGCACUUCUUCGUGCGGCUGGUGGGGCACUACGGCCGCCACGUGCGGCGCGGCAGGGCCGGCCCCGGGCGCUUCCAGGAGCGCGCCUUCUGCCGGGCCGCGGCCUCGCGCGGCCGCCGCCGCCUGCUCAAGCGCUUCGUCAGGACUAACAUGUUCGCCCUCUUCAUCGAGGAGGCCGAGAGGAGCAGCAUCCCUCACGAAGCAUAUUUCCAGCAGAAAAUAAUGGAGUACCAUGCACAGAAGAAGCACCGAAGGGACUCCUGAAGAGCAGCCUGGGAGCAGAGGAACAAGACCAGCCUUGACCAUCCCUGCCAGCAGCAUCACACUGCACUCUGUUCCUGCCACCUGGGAGUCCUGAGCUGCCUGGGCAGCCCUGAGCACCAGCCCUGCCCUCUCUUCCUCAGGGCAUCACUGCACUGGAAAACUCUUUGCACAGAACUAGAAGACACUUCCCAGUGGUGGCUGCUCCAGGAGCAGACUGUGACCCCAGUGCUGGCCCUGCACAGUCCUUGUCCCUCAGCACCUCCCACAGAGGGAGGGCAGCCCGGGCUGGCUGCAGAACAACAGGGGUUUACAGGAAUUAUUAGAAGGGGGAUGAAAAAGGGAUGAGUAGGAAAUAGUGUUACUUCUUAUUAAAACAAACCAGGGGUUUGCAAAUAAGGAACAUCCCAUUGCACAGUUUCUGAGGUGUUGUUAUUAACAACUGUUUUAUAUUGUUUUAUUGAGCCAUUGUUAAACACCAGCAGGAGCAGGUGGGGGGGCAGUAGUUUCCUCUCUGGCAGCUGUCACAUCACUGGUGUCACAAAGAGCCAAGUCUGGCUUUCUAAGGAAAUAAAUAAAUAGCAAUUUCCAGCAGGUUAUUUAUUAGUGCUGGAGCAAACUGUGAAGGCCACAUGGCUGUAGGGUGUCAAGGGGGAAACAGCUGAUCAACAGCUUUGGGGAGGGAGAAGGGAUUUGUUCCAUCCCAGAGUAAAAUGUGUCACAAUC